CGCCGCCGCGCGCGCGCGGACUGAGGAGAUGUGGGACAUGUGGAUAUGGGAUAUGAAUUCAUUUGAAAAACCACUUUGGGGUUAUGAACAUAAUUUCUGAUGAAAUGGGAUUGGAAUAAUUUUCAUGAUCUUUGUAUAUUUAUAUAUAUAUAUAUAUAUUUUAAAAUUUUGCAUUUGACUAAAGUGCCAUGAGAAAAUUUGCGUAUUGUAAGGUGGUCCUAGCCACCUCCUUGAUUUGGGUACUCUUGGAUAUGUUCCUGCUGCUUUACUUCAGUGAAUGCAACAAAUGUGAUGAAAAAAAGGAGAGAGGACUUCCUGCUGGGGAUAUUCUAGAGCCAGUACAAAAGCCUCAUGAAGGUCCUGGAGAAAUGGGGAAACCAGUCGUCAUUCCUAAAGAUGAUCAAGAAAAGAUGAAAGAGAUGUUUAAAAUCAAUCAGUUCAAUUUAAUGGCAAGUGAGAUGAUUGCACUCAACAGAUCUUUACCAGAUGUUAGGUUAGAAGGGUGUAAAACAAAGGUGUAUCCAGAUAAUCUUCCUACAACAAGUGUGGUGAUUGUUUUCCACAAUGAGGCUUGGAGCACUCUUCUUCGAACUGUCCAUAGUGUCAUUAAUCGCUCACCAAGACACAUGCUAGAAGAAAUUGUUCUAGUAGAUGAUGCCAGUGAAAGAGACUUUUUGAAAAGACCUCUAGAGAGUUAUGUGAAAAAAUUAAAAGUACCAGUUCAUGUAAUUCGAAUGGAACAACGUUCUGGAUUAAUCAGAGCUAGAUUGAAAGGAGCUGCUGUGUCUAAAGGCCAAGUGAUCACCUUCUUAGAUGCUCAUUGUGAGUGUACAGUGGGAUGGCUGGAACCUCUCUUAGCCAGGAUCAAAUAUGACAGGAGAACAGUGGUAUGUCCUAUCAUUGAUGUCAUCAGUGAUGAUACUUUUGAGUACAUGGCCGGCUCCGAUAUGACCUAUGGUGGCUUCAACUGGAAACUCAAUUUUCGCUGGUAUCCUGUUCCCCAAAGAGAAAUGGAUAGAAGAAAAGGUGAUCGGACUCUUCCAGUCAGAACACCUACAAUGGCAGGAGGCCUUUUUUCAAUAGACAGAGAUUACUUUCAAGAAAUUGGAACAUAUGAUGCUGGAAUGGAUAUUUGGGGAGGAGAAAACCUAGAAAUUUCCUUUAGGAUUUGGCAGUGUGGAGGAACUUUGGAGAUUGUUACCUGCUCACAUGUUGGACAUGUGUUUCGGAAAGCUACUCCUUACACAUUCCCAGGAGGCACAGGGCAGAUUAUCAAUAAAAAUAACAGACGACUUGCAGAAGUGUGGAUGGAUGAAUUCAAGAAUUUCUUCUAUAUAAUUUCUCCAGGUGUUACAAAAGUAGAUUAUGGAGAUAUAGCAUCAAGACUUGGUCUAAGACACAAACUCCAGUGUAAACCUUUCUCUUGGUACCUAGAGAAUAUUUAUCCCGAUUCUCAGAUUCCACGUCACUAUUUCUCCUUGGGAGAGAUACGGAAUGUGGAAACAAAUCAGUGUCUAGAUAACAUGGCUAGAAAAGAGAAUGAAAAAGUUGGAAUUUUUAACUGUCAUGGUAUGGGAGGUAAUCAGGUUUUCUCUUACACUGCCAACAAAGAAAUUAGAACUGAUGACCUUUGCUUAGAUGUCUCCAAACUUAAUGGCCCAGUCACAAUGCUCAAAUGCCACCACCUAAAAGGCAACCAGCUUUGGGAGUACGACCCAGUGAAACUAACCCUGCAGCAUGUGAACAGUAACCAGUGCCUGGAUAAAGCCACAGAAGAAGAUAGCCAGGUGCCCAGCAUUAGAGACUGCAGUGGAAGCCGGUCCCAGCAGUGGCUUCUUCGAAACGUCACUCUUCCAGAAAUAUUCUGAGACCAAAUUUACAAAAGAAAAAGAAAAAAAUAAGGAUUGACUGGGCUACCUCAGCAAACAUUUCUGCCACAUUCUUAAGUAGCAAAAAAGGAAAAGUACUUUUCCUCCUCUGCGGGAUAUAAGGUUUAUCAGCCAUUACUAGACUCCUCUCGCUUUUUACUAGCUGUGAACCAGCCUUCCUGUCCAAGGACGUGAAACUACAUAGUAUCGAGACUGUGCACACCGAUGUUUACAAGAUUGAAAGAUUGUUCAUCAAGAAUCAUUGUAAGGAAUAUUCAGACAGUGAAACAAUCAUCAAGAUGUGCUGUCCAGAGAAUUGCACCUUCUAUGGUCGGUACAUCAGUAAUUUCUGCUGAACGUGCUGUCAUAAUGAAGAAAUUUCCAAGAUUUUUUUUUUCUGAUUAGAACUGGUAGAUAGUAUAUUAAAAAUUGAUAUUAAAAAAAAUGAACGAACUGGAACUAGAUCCAAAAUCAAAAACAUUUUUACAGCAAUUUAAAAAAACUAUAUUAAACAGGGUUUAAAGGAAAACAAAACAGAACUAUAAUAAGUACAAUUUGUUAUAGUAUAGUAUCAAAUUUCUAUAUAGAUUUUAUACCUCACUGGGGAAAAAAACUGAUUCCAAUGAUAUUCAUUUUGUUUAUCUGUAACAGUCAUGGAUGCUUUUUUUUCCUUGGGGUGCUUAAAUUGAGCUAAAAAAUGGCUCUCUGAACGUAGUUUUACUUUCUACGAUUUUUUUUUUAAUUUGGUUUGUGAGCUGUUGAAAUUGUAAUUUUUAAAUGCCUUCAAAAAAUGAAAAUUUAAAAUAAUGUCUGGUCUCACUGAACAAGUUAGAUAUCUCAGUUGCUCUUGGGUCAACUGGCUUAUAGACUUUCACCUACACACACAGCCCCACAAAUUUCUUAAUAGAUUUUCAACUUCUUGAUUCAACCCGUUAUGCUUAGAACCCAAGAUUCAUACUACUGUACUACAGAUUUGUUUUCACAGCAAUAAGUCUUCAGUUUUUGUUCAUGAUUGCACUCAACGAAAGGCCUGCAGAAGUGAUUUUGUUGUUUGGGUGUUUGAUUUCUUGGAAAACUUUUUUCACUCCAUACUAGGAUGUGCUUCAGUGUCAAGUGCAUAUUUAGAUUAGGUUCUUGAAUUGUAAUGUUGAUCUACUGCCUUUUUUUAAAUAAAAUUUGACUGAAAAUGUUUAAUUGGCAUUUUUUAAUGAGUUGGCCAAAGAAGUGCAGCCAUUGUUCAAGAUUAUCAAUCCUGCAUUUCUUCCCUAAAUUCCAUGUAGAUUAGUUUUCUCUUUGUACCUCUGAUUUUUAGUAUAACAAAAUGAUCAGAGUAUCAAUUAAUGUUUUAAUCUCAAAAAAAAAUCUCAUGACAUUUUUCCUGGUAUGUAAAGCACUCCAUUGGCAAAAGCGCAUAUAUCUCCCUUCCUCUUUGUAAGAUUAUAUUUAAUGAUAUUCUUUUCUUUGAUUAUCAGAGACUCACUGCAGGCAGUGCUAGUUCUUAUGCAUAAGAAUGUUUCUGAAAGUUGCAUCACUAAUGAUAUUUGCCAAGUUGAGUGUACAAAAAGUUUCUCAUAUCUUAUUCAAGUUAAUAUCAAGCACAUGUGGAUGUUUUAGGGUGAGGCUGUAGUAUAGAAUGCAUACAUUUGUCCCCAGAAAAUUUGAAAUGAAGCAGGUGCUGGAUGGAAAUUUUUUUCUACUCCAUGAGCUGUGUUAAUCUCUGUUAAUUCUAUCUUCAGUAAGCCUAAUGCUUGAAUAAACCAGAUGUCUAAUCAAUAAAUUAUUUUCAUGCUCAGAAUUUCAGGUUUUUGUACUUUAGCAUAGCUUGAUCUUACUCUUUACUGUAAGAAAACAGCAAUGUGAUUUAAAGUUUUGUUUUGUUUUUAAGAGGGGAAUGUGAGUGAUUCAAUUCAUGGGUACUUUUAGAACCUUAUAGAUAAUCCCAUUGCCUUUAUUUUUCUAAUUAAAGAAUUCCUAAAUACUUUGAAAAUAUAAACUAUUCCUGAAUAGCUGUGCCUUACAUUGGUUUUAUUUGAAGUUAAAAUGGAUGCCUGUUUGCUAGGAGCAAUUUGUAGAUUAAGCAGUAUGCUAAUCACUCUGUUGUAAAUUAAAUUGAGAGGAAUGAAUGAAAAAGAAAGCAAAGGAUGAAAAGGAUUAUUUGACCAGUGAGGAAUUCAUAAAUGUGACAACUAAAGAUAAUUUGAACCCCAAUCUGUUCACUCCAAUCCCACUCAAUGUUUUUCUGUUCCAGUUGGCAUUCUUGAAAAAAACAGUACUUUGUUUACCAUUCUGCAAAUGAAGGGCAACAAGUAGGCCAUGUCCUCAUUUUGCUAGUCUACAUUCAGCUGAAAAACAGACUCCUCUGUCAGGAGUUAGUACUUUCCAGUACUUUCCUAUUCUUUCAAAAAGGCAUAAAAAGAGCAUAUUUAACUCCAGAAUUACAUGUUCUUCAAAGGAAAAAGAAAACCAGAAGGUAGUGUUUCUGAGGUGAUACGUGUGAGGAGAUACACAAAGAGCAAAUCACUUUCUACUG